AUGGUUGAAUUAACUGGUGUGAUUGUCUAUCCAUUCACUCUCACCUGUGCAAUGAUCCUGGCUGGUGCCUUGAAAUACGGUGGACCUGCAGUUGUUCUGAAGGAUGCUAAAUCAACCGUGGAAUAUGCUAGUGUUUCGCUCAUCUCCGAAACCUCCCUCUUUAUCGAAUUUAGCGGACAUUCCCUGCAGGGCAGAUUGCUUUAUGCGGAGAACGCCACGAUGGGGACCUUUAUCUCACUUAAAAUAAAUCGUCCUGGUACACUGAGAUUUGAAAUGAAAUUGACUGCUACUAAUCGAAGUCAUCAAUUCGUUAUCCUCAGUGCUCCUCUAGAUCGGACAGCUGAUCAAUGGCAUAGCGCUGAUCUGAGAAUUUCUUUAAGGGAAAAAGUGGUCAUACUAUUUGUCGAUGGCAAGAAUGCAUACCCUACUCAUAUUGAAGAUGUUGCUGCCAACACUGCCAGAUACUCCUUUGGUGGAUACCUGCACGUGGGCCGUUUGCCACCCAAUCUGCUAGCUGACGCAAGCAAAGUAGUUCACUUUACGGCUGUAAUGGAGUUUGCAUUUGUGGGCAACAUAAAGAGUAUAUUUGUAAAUGGCAGAGCACCUCUACCGCUGAAAGCUCUUAAUGGGGCCGAAAUCGCUCCUGGAUUAUCCCAUUGUCAUCUGCUGAGUCGAGAAGUUGCUAGAGGUGGCGACAGCCACUGGUUGUGCCCACAAAACUUAAGCUGCCUAGACGGACUCGAUGGUCCUAAAUGUGGAUGUAAUAAGAACAGUCGAGAACUAGGCAUUUGUCAAUUCCAGUCUUCUGGGGCCAAGAAUGAGGCUUUUAUUGUGCUGCUGUUAAACGGGUCAAUUCACUUUCGUCUGUGGUCCCCCAGAUUGCAAAAAAAUGCCAUAAUUCAAAAGCGCCAAGACUGCAAUUCUCCCUACAGUACAUGUUCUGAUGGCACCUGGCAUCACUUAUCAUUUUCUUACAGUCCCCUUCGGAUUCAAACAGAAGUUGACGGUGAUCGACAAACCUUUGAGAUUCCAAAAAACCAACUUCGUUUGCAGUUCAAAGCGCUCUAUUUUGGCAGCUUAGCUCCCAAAGUACAGGAGCGUUUGCAAUUACAAAACAUCCGGAACUUUAUUGGAUGCUUCAAACAUAUUUUCUACCGAAGUAGGAAGGAUUUCGUCGACCUAAUCGAUCUGGUUAAGGACAACUCCACUAAGCAGAGGCAAGAGACGGAAAUUGGUGAGAUAAAGUGCAAGGCUGCGGCAUUUCAGACGUGCACCGUAGCACGCAAGGCUAAACGCGACGCCGUGUCCCAUCAUUCAGCGAUCACGUUUGUGCGUCCUGGUGGUUACCUGCGCUCCCAGCAGGGCUGGCGGACAGUGUCUGCUGGAAAUAUCACCUUUAAAAUCCGCACACUAAAAACAAAUUGUCUCCUUCUAUUCUCGUCUUCUGGGUGGCCUAAGUCGGAAAAGAAACAUGUAUUUCCGAGAGACGAGCCUUUUCAUCCUGUCAACCCAAUCGACAGACUUACCGGAACUGACAUAUUUUCUGCAGAAUUAAGAGAGGGUUAUUUGGUGUUUUUGCUCAACACAGGCUCAGGAAUAAACGAAUUUGCAACGGAAAAUAUUUGGCGAGGGGAUCAAGGGAGGAGCGGUUGGUUUGUUGCUGAUGGCAUCACUCACUAUGUGGAAAUUCACCUGACCAACGGUUCGCUUUCUGUGACCAUGGAUGGCCACACUCUCAGCAUGCGCCCAAGAACGAAGCCAAAGUACACGAUACUCAAUUUGAACGGAUACCUUUACGUCGGUGGUCUACCAGAAGAACUGAGGGACGAGACGCCACCGCAGGCGUGGUCAGCUCGACUUCGCGAGGAUUUUGUGGGAUGUUUGGGUGCCCUCUCAGUCGAUGGAGAGAGUUUAGACCUCGGAUUAGAGGUGACCGCACGUUGGGCUAAGGGCUACGUUCGGCUGGGUGAAAGCGACUUAAAGGGACUUAGUAACAUGUGCACCGCACAGGAAAACCCCUGCGGUUCUGGCAAAUGUGUACAGGGUUCAUGGUCCGAACCGCUGUGCGAUUGCACCCAAACGAACUUUGUAAAAAAUCAAUGCAAAGAAGACAUUAAAGACAAUGCAACGGUACUUGACAGUGACUACAAUUGCAUUGGUGUUUUGGCGGAAGAUGUUUCGGUCUAUAAUACAGAGUUGGAGACGGAUGCUUUUAUUGGACGCCUAUCACAAUUUAAGUUGAACGGUUUGGACAUCAUCAAAAUUAUCAACGAGGUAGCAAACUACAGAUCUAAAGAAAGUUCAUACGGAUCCUAUGAUCCUGGUCUUCUGACGCUUGUGGAUAACUGGAAGGAUAGCAUUGAAAUUACGGCUUCAACUGCGAAGGAUGAAAGAAUUCGAACCUUUCCACUGCAUUUUAAUGGUGAUGGAGGAUUGAUGGAGUACACGCUGAGGCUGGAGGCCUGUCUCAGCAUUCGUCUUUCCUUAAAAACAUCAAUGGUUCAAGUGUGCACAAUAGGCACAUUUACGCUGGACAUCGAGCUCGAUGGCGAGAAGUUGACUCCUCUGGGUCUUCCUGAAGGCCAAGCGACUGCCUCUCGUCAUGCCUUUGAAAGACUCUUUCUAGGAGGACUACCUAUCGAGGGUGCGGGCAAAUUCAGAAAUCGCUUUCGAUCGACUCAUGAAUACGAUGGCUGUUUGGCUGAUGUAGAAAUUGUUCAGAAAUCAGUGAAGUCGUCCCUCGUCAUUGAAUCGAAUGCCUUUCAUCCCCCCAAAAAUCCCCUACGAACUGCCAAAUACGCAAAAGGCGUCAAGUUGGGUUGUCAUCUCAAUGAGCAAAGUAGUAGUGAGGGAGCUUGGAAAACUGGCAGCUCUCCGAGUCAAUGUCGACCCGGUGUCUGCGGCUUUGGUGGUCGCUGCGUCCAACAACUGGACACAUACUUCUGCGACUGCAUCAUGUCUGGAUUCAGGGGACAAGUUUGCACUGACGGGUCCAGUGGAAGCCACUUCAAUGAAGUCCAUCAAGUCUACGUGGGUUGUGAUCCCACAUUAAUAUCUGCGAGUGUAGCAAACUACGUUGGGCCAACCUUCGUCGGCCACAUUAGUGGCGUCAACGUGAAUGGGGUCUUUCUGGCGGACCUUCUUAUGGGAGAAAUCAUUAGUGGCAUCUUCUACAAGGAUGGGAAGGAUAUUUUAAUUGAUCCAACCUUCACUCCAAAGGUCCGACAAAUAGCAAACUUGAGCAUGACUCAACACCACCAAGCUCCGGCGAUUGCAGACACAAGCAGUGCUGACAUCGGCGGCAAAUUAUACCCCUCAGAGUCUAAGGAAAUUUUCCCACCUUGGAGCCACGACCGAGCACCUCAAGACGAUGCUAAUCGGUUGAACGGCGUAGAUAACAGUGCCAGUCUCGAGCAGCUCUCCGAAGCAGAAAAGAAUGGUCAAGUGGAAAUUACAAGUUUUCUUCCUUCCCUCAACACCUGGCUUCUUUUAGCCGGUUUUGGCACUACACUCCUUCUUAUAGCCUUAAUUAUUGGCUAUGUCGUUCAUAAAUUCCGCCGGCGAAAUGAGGGUUCCUAUAACAAACAGCAACCGAACUAG